AUGGUACCGACACAGUCAUUUUUGCUCGUCGGCACAUCUUUUGUGCGGAUCGGCGAGCCAUCGAAAUAUCUGUUGGCGUGCAUAGUCGAUAUUGAAGCAAAUGAUACAUCUGGCCCCCAAUUUGACUGGCAUCCAUAUGAUACUGACAUGAAUAGCUGCGCACGUUGUGGCGGCGACCUGACUCAUUUUCUCCGCAUUUCUCAUCUCUGUGCAUGUACGAAGCGAAUAAAUAUCGAUUCGUGCUGCAGGCCAGUUAAGCCAAUGUUAACUCGUCCAUUAACGUGCUUGCGUUUCAGAACCGGGACCAUCCGUGACCAGAUUUCAUUCCGAGUACGAGGUGCCAAGCGCCUAUCGGCUCUGAACCUAGCUGCACGAUGGUCAAUUAUAGUUGGCUAUAUAUCAUGCGCAUUAGAAGCCCUGGACGACACCAUCUCACUGUGUCGAAUGUCAUUACCCGUUCGUAGGCUGGCUAGACCAGUCUCAAAAGACCAUCCCACUACUUCUUUCUCUCAACCUGUCGGCUAUCUUGUUCGCUUUGCACCGGCGAACAUAAAUCGUCACAGCUUCGAGUGUCGGCAGAUACAUGAUUUAAUAACGACCACCGUGAUCCGGGCUUGUACCAUAUGCACGUUUAAUCGCCACAGCACAUACUGCAUGCAUUCGGAAGCGAGCUGA